AUGUUCAGAGGAAUCUACAGAGGGACACAAAAACAUCAAGAUGACUUUUUGGAUGUGGUAGAGAGAGCAGUCAAAAUUGGUGUUAAAAAGUUUUUGAUUACAGGUGGGAGUCUACAAGAUAGUAAAGAUGCAUUGCAGCUGGCACAGACAAAUGACAUGUUUUACAGUACAGUUGGCUGUCAUCCUACGCGCUGUGGAGAAUUUGAGCAGAGUAGCCCUGAACAGUAUUUAUCUGAAUUAAAAAAUCUGAUUGAAAAAAAUAAGGCAAAGGUACUAGCAGUUGGAGAAUGUGGCUUAGAUUUUGAUAGAUUAGAAUUUUGCCCAAAGGACAUCCAACUCAAGUAUUUUGAAAAACAAUUUGACCUGUCGGAACACACGCGACUGCCAAUGUUUCUCCACUGUAGAAACUCACACGCUGAAUUUUUAGACAUAAUAAGAAGAAACCGAGAUAGAUUUGUAGGAGGGGUGGUACAUUCGUUUGAUGGCACAAAGGAGGAAGCCGCAGCUAUAAUAGAUUUGGAUCUUUAUAUUGGAAUAAAUGGCUGCUCAUUGAAAACAGAAGCCAACUUGGAGACACUGAAAUCAAUUCCUAGUGAACGAUUAAUGAUAGAGACUGAUGCGCCUUGGUGUGGAGUGAAAAAUACUCAUGCUGGAGCAAAAUACAUUAAAACUACAUUUCCUACAAAAAAGAAAUGGGAAAUAGGGCACUGCCUGAAGGACAGAAAUGAACCCUGCCAUAUAAUUCAAAUACUGGAAAUAAUGGCAGCAGUAAGAGAAGAUGACCCACUUGAGUUGGCCAAUACUCUAUAUAACAACACUAUUAAAGUCUUCUUUCCAAAUAUAUAAAGUUGUUUUUCUUAAAUUUAUUCAGCAUAACUUUACUAAAUAUAUUGCAAAAACUUAAAAAUUAUCAUAUCUGCAAGUUCUUAUCAAUGGAAGCCAAUAUGUAGUUUGUUUUUCUUUUUUUUUAUGGUACAAGAUUAAAGCUGCUUUUGAAAAGGUG